GUCUUUGAUUUUAUUCCUUUGUUAAAUUUAUUUUCAUUUAUUACCUAUUGUUUAAAUUCGAGUCGACUCGUGUUACUGGAGAUUGCGGUGAAUUUCAUUAUUGGAAAAGUUAGCAAAGUAGACUACAUGCAAAUUAAAGUUAAUAUUUACUCCCAUUUCUUCUAUUUUCAUUACAAUUAUCCAAAAUUCAAGCAUUUAUUGUAUUUUGCAAAUAGAACUAAGUCCGGUUUUAGGUGAUGCUGAUUAUAUAAGGCCUUCAGGCUUUCUCUCUCUCUCUCUUUUUUUCCCCUCCCCUCCAGAUAUUAAUGAUGUAGAAACUAGUCGAAUGUUUUAAUAGGGAAAUAAUACGUGGUUUUGCUUUAUUGAACAGGCAAAUUAGGAACCCGUACGAUAAUAUUUUAUUUAUUUAUUCGAUUAUAAACAAGUUUUUUUUAAUCUAAAAAUCGAACGACAAUCGUCCAAGUAGUCGCAAGUUAAACGUAAUUAUUUCUAGGAAAGAAGUGCAGUUCCGUCUGCAACCGUGCGGUACGAAAACCGUUACCAUGACAACUUACAGACGUUACAACGAUAAUUGAACAUUUAAAGGGCCCCGCUGCAGAUUUAACUGGGUGAAAAGCGGGCCCUUAUCUGUAUAUAUAUUUUUUUUUCUUCUUUUUCUUUCUGGCUCCCCGUAAGUGCUGGGCGUCGAAAAUUGUUUUGCCUCUUUUAAACAUUUGCAAUCGGACGAUAUCUAUCACUGAAUUGACACUUUGUCAGUUUAGUUAAGGGCUUCUCUUCUCCUGGACUACCUGCUGUCAGAACUAUUGUGUAGAAGUGCAGCGUCACAUUUCACUCCGCUCUGCCCUCUGUUGGUCAUUCCUUUUACUAAUUGCCUAGGCCACGAGCAUGCCCACUUACUAAUCUCUUCGUGUUUUCACUGAUACGAGUUGGCAUCGCUGAUCGUAUCUGUUGAAGUAAAAGGAGUGACGUUUACCUAAACCAACAGGAACAUCCGAGAUUAGGAGGGACUCCUCUGGCAAUGUUAGCUGCCCAAUGUAACAAGCUAGCCAGCAAGAGCCCGCCGCCUCUGGCCGAUGCAGCUGUAGGAAAGGGCUUCCAUCCCUGGAAGAAAGGAAAUCAAGCAUCGACGUCUCCCCCCGGAACGGGGCUACCUCUCGGUUCCCAACGAGUAAGUGGUCUAGCCAAUAGCAAUGCACCCGCUCUCAACUAUCAACGUCCGGCCGUGACAUCUGCUUGCAGCUCCACGACUUACGGAGGUGACAACCUUUUCUACCCGGGUACGGCCGUUACUUCUCCUCAAACGGAUACGGGUCAAACAGCCCUGCUAGGAAAAGUUCACGGAGACUCCUCGCAUAUAGGCACCAUGUAUUCUCGUGUGGGAGUCAGCGCCCAUCCUUACGAGAGUUGGCCCUUUAAUAUGAAUGUAGCCGGGGCCGCUCACAGUGGCAUUAAACCCGAGGUGUCGACAGUGAACUCGCUCAAUUCGACGUCAUGGUGGGAUAUGCAUGCCGCCUCAGGUGCGGGAUCUUGGCUUGACAUGUCGGGUGCCACAUCGGGUUUACACUCUCAAUUGCCCACCAACUAUCCCAGCUCGGAAUAUGGACUGGCACCUACUCUGGCAGCCUCUAAUACGGCUCACUUACUUUCCUCAGGUCAACAUCUCCUUCAGGACACUUAUAAGUCUAUGUUACCUUCUGCCCAAGGUGUGGGCGCAUCACCAUUUGGUUUGUCUCAGCCGGCGCUGCCCCAAAUGCCAUCUCCACGCUCGCAACGACGUUACACGGGCCGUGCUACCUGUGACUGUCCCAAUUGUCAAGAAGCGGAGCGUCUUGGUCCGGCAGGGGCUCAUUUAAGAAAGAAAAAUAUUCACAGUUGUCACAUUCCCGGCUGUGGUAAAGUGUACGGUAAAACUUCUCACCUGAAGGCCCAUCUCCGAUGGCAUACGGGAGAAAGACCUUUCGUCUGCAAUUGGCUAUUCUGUGGCAAACGUUUCACCCGUUCCGAUGAACUGCAACGCCAUUUGCGCACCCAUACUGGUGAGAAGCGUUUUGCCUGUCCUAUCUGCAACAAGCGGUUUAUGAGGUCCGAUCAUCUUAGCAAACACGUCAAGACUCACAACGGCAAUAGCGAAAAAAAAGGCAGCAGCAGCGGAAGCUGUAGCGACUCCGAAAAUAGCCAGAGUGAGCCACCGAACGUCAGUUCUCCCUCAUCCGUCAGCACUCCUCCACUGUCUCAAGCAGGAACUUUGACUGUAGACACCAAUCCGGGAGUGGACGGAAAAUAGGCCCUAUAUCUGUCUAACUGUGACCUCCCCUGUGGCCAAACUUAUCCUCCACACUCGAUGUACAAUUUAUGUGCGUUCGUACGUUUUGUGGUCUAGAAAGAAUCCCUGGGCAAUAUGUACAUAUUAUUCCCACGUGUAAAGAUAUAAAGACAUGAAAUGUGUCCUUUAGUUUUCCUACGGCGAAGGAGAACAGUUUGUGCCUCCAACUCUCCGGAUAUCAUCCGAGGAUAGGACCCUUUACACCUUUUUUUCAAUGGACGCAUGUGAACCGCACAUUCACUCCCGAUCCUGUUUUGGUUAAGGUGGGAGGGCAGGCCAUAGUUAAUGACAGAGUGAGGCCCCUAGGUGGGCCCUGUGAGUCGUGUAACAUCGUGCACAUCCCUAGAGCACAUCAUCUGUGAUCCCCCAAGAGCGGGACUCAUCCCUCUUCCUUUAUUUAAUCGGAGCCUUAAUUUCACCCAGCCUUAAUUUAUAAAGUUAGCCAACCACCUGGACCCAGCCUCUACUUAAUUAGAAGGGCUUUAAGCUGAUCUUAAGCUAAAAUUAGAAAGGUCCCCGUCGAGGGACCUCUGUGUAGGAGGUGUGACCCGCUCUGGGGACGAAAGGAUGUGAACGAUCUGAAUGUUGGGUGUAAUUUUAAUUUUUUUGUGAAUAAAAUCGAAUUAUCAAGGCC